CCUGCCCGCACACCGCGACGCCCGAGCGCCACCACAACCAAAGCAAGACCUCCCCUCCCAGCAGGCCAGAACCCUCCGCCAGACCGCCACCGCCACCUCUCCUGCUCGGCUGCUCCUCCGCCCACCCAGCAGCUCACGCUAGCUGCUCCAAAUAGCAAGCGCAGCCAUCACGCCCGCUCGCCGCGCCCCCAGACACCACCCCACCUCAGCCAGCCUCGGCCCCUCUCUCUCUCUCUCUCUCUCUCUCUCUCUCUCUCUCUCUCUCUCUCUCUCUCUCUCUCUCUCUCUCUCUCUCUCUCUCGUCUCUGGAUCCCUCAGCGCGUGCGCGCACGGCACGGUCCAUGCGUGCGAAUUGACUCGCGCACACACGCUGCUCGCUCUCUCUUCUCCAUCAUUAGCUCUCCCCCCGGCGUCUUGCUCGUCAGCUACAGUGCCUCGCUCCGUCUCCGAGCCCGGCGCGGCGGGCGCCGCGGCGGCGCGCGCGAGAUCUGGUCCUGGUCGAGCUACCACGGGCGCGCGAGCGGCGUCCAUGGGCUGGCCGGGCAGCGGCCGGGGCCUCUCCGCCGCCGUGCUGCUGCUGCUCCUCCUCCUCAACUCCUCCGCUCUCGGGACGUGCACGUCGCCGCCGAGGGGUCGGGUGGCGCCGGAGGAGGGUUCCUCAUGGGACCCGGGGAUGGCGGCGGCGCGGCGGGGGCUGGUGGGGCCCGGGUCGUCGCCGCCGACGUGCCGCAGCCGGUGCGGGGGCUGCCACCCCUGCCGGCCGGUGCACGUGGCCAUCCAGCCCGGCCGGAGCUUCCCGCUCGAGUACUACCCGGAGGCCUGGCGCUGCAAGUGCGGCAACAAGCUCUUCAUGCCCUGACCCACCGCCCCAAGCUCUUCCUACGCGCAUGCUGAUGCUUCGCUCACUCACUGAAGCUAGCUAGCUAGCUGGCUGCUGGCUAAGGCGGCAGCUAUGCGUCGCCAUGGAUGGUGGCUGCACCGCACGCAUGCGAGCUAGCUCUAGCUGUAGUACUACUACUACUGGAGGAGAGAGAGAUAAGGAAGAGAACACUUGCGGCAAGCAAGGAAGAAGCGACUUGGUUGGAAGAGGAGACGAGAUGAGGAGAUUUGCCCGGGAAACAUCUCGUGGAUGGUGAGGCUUCGAUUCUAUCAGCUAGUGAUUGAAACAACAUUGCUGAGCUGAGUUCUUGGAUGCAUACGAGUGUAAUCCGUUGUAAGUAACCGGUUGUCUGUUGUGUGUACAAAGAGAGCGAUGCCGAUGCCGCCAUUUUUGUUCUUCCUUUUCCGCCUUUUGCUUCCUGCGGUGUUUAUUCGUUCAUGACUUCCUUUCGGUUCAUGGGAUAUUAGUAAUUCCCCUGCGAUUA